AAAAAAAAAUUAAUUAUAUAUUUUUUUUACAGUUUAGAACAAAAUCAUGGGAAGUGGAACAUUAUAUAUGUGUAGCAAGAUCAGUGGCAUUUUCAAGAAAAAAAAGAAGAAGCCUCUUCCAAUCGAAACACCAUUCGUGCUCCCAUCUGCAUUGCCGUCGUGGCCUGCAGGUGAAGGCUUCGCAACCGGAACCAUCGACCUCGGAGGCUUGCAGAUUCGCGAAGUCUCCACCUUCGCCAAAAUCUGGGCCGCAAAAGAAGGCGGCCCGGACAACCUCGGGGCCGCCUUCUUCGAGCCCAAUGCAAUCCCCGAUGGCUUCUUCAUGCUCGGCAGCUACAGCCAGCCCAACAACAAGCCCCUCUCCGCCUCUGUUCUCGUCGCCGCCGCCACCUCCGCCGCAGUGUUGAAGCCGCCGACUGAUUACACGCUUGUUUGGAGCAGUGAGGGUUUGAAGAUAAACCAAGACGGGGCUGCCUACAUUUGGCUCCCGACUCCUCCCGACGGGUACAGGGCCGUCGGGAGCGUCGUCACGAGCUCCCCCGCCAAGCCCGCGCUCGACAAGAUCCGCUGCGUCCGCGCGGAUCUCACGGAUAGCGUCGAGCGCGAGGAUUGGAUUUGGGGGAACUCGAGUGGGUUCAGUGUCUACACGUCAAGGCCUAAAAACAGGGGCCGUGAGGGUUUGGGGGUUCCAACCAACACAUUUUUAGCUCUGAAAAAUGGAUCUGAUUUUGGUGUAGUCUGCUUGAAGAAUGCUGCAGCUGCUGCCAAUGUUAAAAAGGAAGAUGAUUCUGAUGAGAUUAAGGUCACAGCAAUGCCUGAUUCUGAUCAGAUCAAGGCUCUGAUUGAGACAUAUUCCCCACGCAUAUAUUUCCAUCCUGAUGAGCAAUACCUCCCUUCCUCGGUCACAUGGUUCUUCCAAAACGGCGCGCUUCUGUACACGAAAGGGGAGGAGUCGAAGCCCGUUCCCAUCGAUGCAGCGGGCUCGAAUCUUCCCCAAGGAGGAGGCAAUGAUGGAUUGUACUGGAUCGAUCUCCCGGCCGACAAUGCAGCGAGGGAGAGAGUCAAAAAGGGUGAUUUAUCAACUGCAAAUGCCUACAUUCAUGUGAAGCCGAUGUUUGGUGGCACGUUCACCGACCUCGUCUUCUGGAUCUUCUACCCUUUCAACGGCGCAGCAAAGGCUAAAGUGGAGUUCUUGAACAUUGGCCUAGGCAAAAUCGGCGAGCACGUUGGUGAUUGGGAGCAUGUGACUUUAAGGAUCAGCAACAUGGAUGGGGAGCUGAAAAGGAUGUAUUUUGCACAGCAUAGCAAGGGGGAGUGGGUGGAUGCCUCGGGGUUGGAGUUCGCGGACGGGAAUAGGCCGGUGGCGUACGCGUCUUUGCACGGGCACGCGGCCUACCACAAGGCCGGGCUGGUGCUGUCGGGGAACGGGAGCGUUGGGAUAAGGAAUGAUAGUGGGAAGGGGAAGAUGUUCAUGGAUUGUGGGGUGAGGUAUGAGGUUAUAAGCGACGGCGAGCCGGGGUGGGUGGAGUAUAGGAGGGAGUGGGGCCCGAAGAUAAGCUAUAGCUUUGAUGAUGAAGUGAGGAAGGUGGAGAAGGUGUUGCCGGGGAAGCUCAAGAGUGCGUUUGAUAAGGCUGUGAGGAGUUUGCCUAAUGAGGUGUUGGGGGAGGAAGGGCCUACUGGGCCUAAGGGGAAGGAUAGUUGGCUUGGUGAUGAGAGAAGUUAGUUUCUCAAUUGAAUAGUAUUAGUUACUUGUAGUAAAUUUUAAUUUAUGUUUGCUUCUUGUGUUUUUUUUGAGUUGCAUUCAAAGAAGAUGCAUGUGAGUGUAGAGUUUUUCUAUUAAAAAUCUGCAGGUGUUUUAGUAGUAUUUUAAUUUUUGAGAAAUGCAUAAAUGAAAAGUGAGAUCACAUGAUUUGUCUGAA